ACAAGCAAUAUUUCUUUGGUUGGUCUAGUGUAGUACUACAUAAUCAUUGGCUAGUGUAAAUCUCUCACCGUUGUUGUUCUUCUUUUGUAUUCCUUUCUUGUUUUUAUUUUCGAAUAUAAUGACAGAACACUUUUUUUAGUAGAUCUGAUACCGUAAAUAAGAAAAAAAUCAAAAGGUGUUUGUGUACCUUCAUUUGUAUUCCUGAAAAAAAACCAUUGUGGAUCUCUGUAUACUUUUUAAAAAAUAAGUAUAUCAAACCAAGUAAUGUGCACUUGAUAUGCAGUAUAUUAAAAGGAAAAAAUAAAAAAGUGGCCAUACCAUUGAUUAGUUAUUAAACAGGAGACAAAAAUAUCAGCAGAUAAGUAGCUUUUCUAUUUCAAAUAAUAUAUGCAAAUGGAUAUGUAUAUAAACCUUGAUAGUUAUCUGAUUUUCUUUCCAUUUAAACACUUAUUAUUAUUACUUAAAAUGAGUAUCGGCCUAAAAAUCAAAGAAAUAUUCUGUUCUCCCGGUAGACAACAUCAAAUCCAAUUUGCCGCUCCUACUCAAUUUGUCAGCAAAUCGCACGAUUACCAAGUCGUAGGUGAAGAAAUCUCUCCAGAAGCAUUAUACAAUAGCGAAAAAAGAAAGCCCUGGGGUGGUCGUUUAUUCGAUAACAUUACUCAAUAUGCUGGCUCUCGUAUUAGUUUUCUUGCCACUUUGCUUAUCCUGUUGAUCUGGGCUGCUGUCGGUGCCGCACUGGGUGCACCUGAAUUUUGGCAAAUCUUUAUGCAAAAUGCUGGCUCUAUUCAAUGCUAUAUUAGUGAUACUCUGCUGAUGCGUCAACAACAAAAUCAUUGUCAAAAGUUACUGACUAUUAUCUCUCAACUUCGUUCUCGUAUUACCACCGUAGGUAGACUGUUGCGAUCUAACGAUAUCCAUAAGGAAGCUCCUACUGCAGUAGAGCUGGAGGAACAUUCAGAGGAUCAUUCAUCCAUUGCUGAAGCCAAGCUUGAAAAUGCAAUCCAUCUGCCUAACGAACAUUGGUUCGACAAGUGCUGUAACUGGGUCUCUAUUGCGGUUGGUUCUAUCUAUGCACUGGUCUUUUAUUGGAGUGGUAUUAUUGUUUGGGUAGCACUUGGUAAGAUGAUGGGAUAUUCCGAUUUAUGGCAGCUUUAUAUCAAUACAGCUGUUGCCGUGGAGUUAACCUUUACUUCCAUGUUCUUGCAAAAUACGCGUCGUCGACAUAUGGAGUAUCUCGAAAAAUGUCUCAAAUCAAUCAUGUUGACUGAUUGCGAAUUAGAAACCUUACUUCGACGAAAUACAGGUGAUAACGAGCCUAAUCCUGUGAUUACCAUUGAUCCUCAUCCGGUCACUCGUGCCAUUCGUGCCAUUGAUUAUUACGGUGAUGUGAUUGGUUCUGGUGUGGGUGUGUCUGUUUCAACAGUGGUAUUCACGGUUUGGAUCUGUAUGGGAAAUAUGAUGAACUGGAGCGCUGAUUGGUGGCUUAUUAUCGGCACUUACACCGGUCUUGUUGGUUUCAUUGAUGGAUUUGUAUUGAGAAACGUAUACUUUCGUCAAGAUGUUAUUUUGGAUGAACAAUUUGAGGUGCUGUCGGAAUUGGAUGAAUCCUUAUUUCAAUACUUGAAUGUGACCCUCCCUAGCAAAGCUGAAGCACAAAAGACUUCGUUAAUCAAAAAGAUCAGUAAUCAUAUGGGCGUACUUUGUGCAAAACCUAUUGCUGUCUCUAUUUCUAUCCUUAUCGUCUUGGCUCUGAUUGGUGUUGCGAGCAGUAUGGGCUGGAACCAGACUGGACAACUUUUAUGUAACACGCCUACCAUGAUUCUCGAGGGAUUCUUAUUGAUUGUUUUGAUUCAAGCACAUAAUUUGUCGAAUAUGAAGCGACGUUUGCAAUUGCGUGAUAUUCUUGUUCGUCGAAUCUCGUUAUUACGUUAUGCAAAGGCACUGACUGGUGUUACUCUGAAUGAAAAAGAUGUGACCACCGAGUUCGCCAUCAGCUCGAAAAAAGAAGCUUUCAGCAAAAAUUAACUGGGCAUUGUUUUAUAAAAGCAUGUCAUUUUUACACUACUUACACUAAUAGAUUUACACACAUAUUAUAUUGUACACUCCCGAACUCAUUCCUUAAUUGCAUUUAAAUUUUUUUUUUUUUCGUUCAUAAUAAAAACCCAGUUUUAACAUCAAAAAAAAAAAAAAAAACAA